AGCCGGCGGUCGGAGCGAGGACCUGUCGCAGAGACAACGGAGGCGGAAGCGGCCCGAUCCCGGAGGCGGCGGCGGCGGCGGCGGCGGCGGGAGGAGCCGGAGCCGCCUGGGAUGUUCAGAAAAACGAAGUGUCCUUUGGACAAACUCAGGAUGAAACUUAGCACAUGGUAACUGCGCGUGGAUGGAUGUGAGACCCAUCUCCUGCGUGCGACACAGUAGAUCUCGAGUCGGACUAGUUGCUGGAGGAUACUGACCUGCAAGGCUGCCUUCUAGGUUUUUUAACGAAUGACAGCUGCUUAACAUUUGUACGUUUAGGGGAUAGUCUUACUUUACCACCUUCUACUCGCAAAUCUCCAGGGCUUUUCAAAAUAUGAUCAGAUAAGACGGUCUGAAAUGAGUUGAUGGUUAGAAAUCGUGGUGUCAUUUUAGACUUAGCGGAAGUGGAGUACAGGCACGCUUUAUGCAAUUCUAUCAGUUGUGAAAGUGUUGUUAUAAUGUGGAUCUCACAACUUGUAUUGUUUUGGGAUCAGAAAGUAAGUCUGCCAGUUCCGUUUAGCGUUCAUCUUAAAUUACCUCAACUCUGACCUUGCAGAUUCAAAUCUCUCAGUGGUAACUCCCGCUAAGAAACAGUUGGGCGCUGUGUUGAGAAGACAGUGAGGGCGGAGUUUGCCUCCUGUUAGGUGAUACAAGUGAGUACUUGAUGGGGAGGAGGGCGAUACGAGGUGGCUCCACAGCCUUGGUCACAGCCCUGCUGAAAGUGGAGUAGGAAGGGAAAUUUAACUUAUGUUUAUGGGGUAAGUGCAUCGGGCCAUAUCUUUAAACUGUGGGAAGGUUCAUUAGUGGAUAGAACUUGGUAACCAAGUAGACCUAGGGUUGAAACUAUGUAUCCAUCUAUGUAACCUCUCUGGGCCUUAAUUUACUCAUCUGCAAAAAGGAGUAAUGCCUGAUAAUUUACAAGUGGACUUUAAAAAAAGAGAAACAAAGAAAUAUGUGCCCCUGAAACUAUUGCCCUGAGAUAGUCUUUAAACCUUAAACCAAAAAUAUCCCCAGAAGUCAUCUUAAAACCGAACAGCUUAACUAGUAAAAAAGGCCUGCCUUGAGCAGUGCGCGCUUUAGAGAAUUAAUCUGUGUGGGAUCAAACCGACAACAGAUAGGAACCUUAGGGGGCAUGUGAGUUUGUGAUAAUGAGGGAGGAACGACUCAGAAAAGGAGGGUGAGAAUGGUUGCACAAUUCGAAGAACGUAAUCAGUGUCACUAAAUUGUCCAUGUAGAAACUGUUGAAUUCGUGUAUCUUUUGCUGCGUAUGUUCUCAACACCAACAACAAAAUAAAUAAUAUCUAGGGGAAAAAAGACUGCGAAAAUACCUGACAUUUGAAAGACUCUGUCAUGAAACGAGUGCGCACAGAGCAGAUUCAGACGGCAGUGUCCUGCUACCUCAAACGCCGACAGUACGCGGAUUCAGAAGGUCUCCUAAAACAAGGAUUGCGACUGUCACAGACUGCUGAAGAGAUGGCAGCUAACCUCACAGUCCAAUCAGAAUCUGGUUGUGCCAACAUAGUGUCUGCAGCCCCUUGCCAGGCAGAGCCCCAGCAAUACGAAGUACAGUUUGGACGACUACGGAAUUUUCUCACUGAUUCUGAUUCCCAGCACAGCCACGAAGUGAUGCCUCUCCUCUACCCUCUCUUUGUCUACCUCCAUCUCAACCUGGUCCAGAACAGCCCGAAGAGCACAGUGGAAAGUUUCUACAGCCGCUUCCAUGGAAUGUUUUUACAGAACGCUAGCCAGAAGGAUGUCAUUGAGCAGCUACAGACCACUCAGACCACCCAGGACAUCCUGUCUAACUUCAGACUUCGAGCAUUCCUAGACAACAAGUACGUGGUCCGUCUCCAAGAAGACAGCUACAACUACCUUAUCCGCUACCUCCAGAGCGACAACAACACUGCCCUGUGCAAAGUCCUCUCCUUACAUAUUCACCUUGAUGUGCAGCCUGCCAAGAGAACAGACUACCAGCUCUAUGGCAGCGGCAGCUCCUCACGUGGUGAGAGCAGCGGCUUAGAGCCCAGUGACAUGCCCACCCCUGUUCUGCAGAAUGAGGCCGCCCUGGGGGUCUUGCAGGAAAGCAUUCGGCGAGUCAAGGAUGGGCCUCCCUCACUUACUACCAUCUGUUUCUAUGCCUUCUAUAACACAGAGCAGCUGCUGAACACUGCAGAAAUUUCCCCAGAUAGCAAGCUGCUUGCCGCCGGCUUUGACAACUCCUGUGUAAAACUUUGGAGUUUACGAUCCAAGAAGUUAAAGUCAGAACCCCACCAAGUAGACGUGUCCCGCAUCCACUUGGCUUGUGAUAUUCUCGAGGAGGAGGAUGAUGAGGAUGACAGCGCAGGUGCGGAAAUGAAGAUACUGAGAGGACAUUGUGGGCCUGUGUACAGAGCAAGGUUCCUGUCAGACAGCUCAGGGUUGCUCUCUUGUUCUGAAGACAUGUCCAUUAGAUACUGGGACCUCGGAAGUUUCACCAACACUGUGUUAUACCAAGGGCAUGCCUACCCUGUGUGGGACCUAGACAUCAGCCCCUACAGUCUGUACUUCGCCAGUGGCUCCUACGAUCGCACUGCAAGGCUGUGGUCAUUUGACCGGACUUACCCACUGAGAAUAUAUGCAGGGCACCUGGCAGACGUUGACUGUGUCAGAUUCCACCCUAAUUCUAACUACUUAGCUACCGGCUCAACCGACAAGACCGUCCGACUGUGGAGUGCUCAGCAGGGGAACUCCGUGAGGCUCUUCACGGGCCACCGAGGGCCUGUGCUUUCUCUUGCAUUUUCUCCCAACGGUAAGUACCUGGCAUCCGCUGGCGAGGACCAGAGGUUGAAGCUGUGGGACUUGGCGUCUGGAACCCUUUAUAAAGAGUUGAGAGGCCACACGGACAACAUCACUAGCCUUACAUUCAGCCCGGACAGCAGCCUGAUUGCCUCGGGCUCCAUGGACAACUCUGUACGCGUUUGGGACAUCAGGAACACUUACUGCAGUGCUCCUGCUGACGGCUCCUCCAGUGAACUCGUGGGCGUGUACACCGGGCAGAUGAGUAAUGUGCUGAGUGUACAGUUUAUGGCCUGUAACCUUCUUUUAGUGACGGGGAUUACACAAGAAAAUCAGGAACAUUAAUUUUUAAUUUUUGUGUUAAUGGAUUGGGGCAGUGGUGGAAGGCCUCAGGAUUGCAAGUCUUACUACAGACUGAGAUUAAAUCACUGACUGACUGUGAAGACACUUCCUGCUCUUCCCUUCUCCUGCUGGUGGACAUCCUCAGUGUCCACAGCUUCAUUCCGCCCCGCCCCCGCCAUGUCGAAGGACUGAGGUGGGGGAGCUAGGCGGUGAUGAGUGCCGGUGAGAGCAAGAACUAAGAUGCUGCUGAGGUCACGAAGGCCCACUGUGACCUUGUGUGAGUGUCUUAGUGUCUCUGCCUCACCUCUCCUGUCUGCAGACUGAGAUAACACUUACCUCACCGGGGUGCAGGAUUUGGUGAGAGGAUGACUGCAGAGCGCGUCCGGGAUAGUAGUGCUGCAGAUGUUAUCGGCCACUCUGGUUGAGGGGAAAUCCUUGUUGGUUUAGGAAUGCCGUGGGGGGAAUGAGGAAGGGGAGGCAGAUAAUCCUGGUGAAAAGUCUUUCCUUUUCCCUAAUUACAGAGAAACAGGAUUUAUUAUUGCUAUUGUAAUUGUAAUAAUUAUUGUUAUUAUGGAGAAGAGGCUAUCUAGCACUGGCAGAGGGUACCUUCUCUGCUUUUAUCUUUCAGGUUUGACUCCUGGCACUGGCUGUGAUACUUGGAAUUUCGAGGUUCAGGGAAAUUAGAGAAUUUGGUAGCACAGUGUAUUGGGAGAAAGGGAGAAUUUCUGGGUGACAGAUUGAUCACUCUGCUGACUUGUUUCUAGAAGCAGGUGGGUGGAUUUGAUGGGGAGAGCUGUGGAAUCUCGCAGUGACAGUGGGACAGAAAGAUUGUUUUCAUGGCUGCACUUCUGUUAGUAAUUAUCUCCCCUGGAAAGAGUGACUGUGGUAAAGAAAUGAAAAUAAAUUUAAAUUUUAAGUCCCAAGAUAGAAAAUACUGAAUUUCAGAUGACUGCUUCUUCUGAGGCGUGGCUCUUCCACACCUCUUUGCCCUGAGAGCACCCUGCUCCCACCUCCUGCACUGCAGUACCGUAACGAACACUUUGUGAAGCAAAUCGUGAGAACGCGCACGCCUAUGAAACUGCUCUGAGCAUAGAGCACGCCUAAUUUGUGGAAAAAGGAUUAAAUAUUUCUGUUUUCUGAAAAGA